AUGCCGCCGCCGCCCGUCAUCGACCGCACGCUCGUCGCUGAUCCCAGGGGACUCUACGACAUCUACUCCAAAGGAAUGCCGAGCGACGGCAGUGAGAUCGAGUUCGUGACCAGCAGCGUGUCCUCUGUUCCCGACGGCCAGCUCGUCGCCACAUUCACGCUGACUCAAGAGCUCCUAACUGCCAUCAAGGACGCGCUUGCCGGAGAGGCGGCCAAGCACGGUGCACCGUCGCGCAGAUACUCAUCCAUGCUCAGCGCCUACAGCUUCAUCUGGUCCUGCUACUGCCGAGCCAAAAAUGAACAAAACCAAACAAAAACAACCCACCUCCUUUUCUCCGUGGAUCACCGGACCCGGUUGAAGCCGCCAGUCCCUGCCAAAUACUUCGGCAACUGUUGUAGCCCGGCCAUCGCCGCCGCGCGCCACGACAAGCUCGCGGCAGCCGGCACGGGAGGUCUUUUCACGGCGUUCACGGCGAUCGCGGGCGCGCUGGAGGAAGAGGUGGGCGAGGGUUCGCAGGAGAGGUGGGACGGAUGCAUCGAGAGGGUGAAGGAAGCCGCGAAGGCCGGCAUGGUGUUUGUGGUGGGGUCACCCAAGUUCCGCGUGUAUGACAUCGACUUUGGUUUCGGGCGGCCGGUGAAGGUGGUGGCCAUGUCUGCGACUGCCACCGGCUCGAUGCCGGUGGCAGAUGCGCAUGACGGUGGUGGCGGUGUCGAGGUGGCGCUCUCGUUUCUGGCGGACGGCAUGGAGAAUUUUCAACGGUGCUUUGUCGAAGCCAUGCGCGCCAUCGGGAUGCAAUAA